AUAAAGGGAAGCUGUAAAACUCCUUUCUAUAGUUACAGUCUUCUCUCUCUCUUCUUCUCUCCCUCUCUCUGUGCUUCUCUCAAUGAGGGCCUAGGGUUUCUCUUCACGCGAAAAUUCUAGGGUUCAAAGUACUACAGCAGCGCAUUUCAACCGUUGGAGGAACUGAAACGUUUUCCGUCGUUAAUCUAAACACAAAAACGGCCCUUUUUUUUUUUUUUUUUUUUUUUUUUUUGUUUUAGCUAGAAGACAUAAACCCUAGCUUUCAUGGCCAAAACUAGACCAGGGAUCACAACCAAGACCAAACUGGGCAAAAGAGACCUUGAGUCUUACACUAUCAGAGGCACCAACAAGAUUGUUAAAGUUGGGGAUUGUGUGUUGAUGCGACCAUCUGACACUGGUAAGCCCCCUUAUGUGGCAAGAAUAGAGAAGAUUGAAUCUGAUGCUCGAAGCAAUAUUAAGGUUCGUGUUCGGUGGUACUAUCGCCCUGAGGAAUCACUUGGAGGAAGGAGACAAUUCCAUGGAGCUAAGGAGCUCUUUUUGUCAGACCACUACGAUGUGCAGAGUGCUCACACAAUUGAAGGGAAGUGUAUUGUUCACUCUUUCAAGAACUAUACUAAGCUUGAGAAUGUCGGCGCAGAAGAUUACUACUGUAGAUUCGAGUAUAAGGCUGCUACAGGGGGUUUUACACCAGACCGAGUUGCUGUAUAUUGCAAAUGCGAGAUGCCGUAUAACCCAGAUGAUCUCAUGGUACAAUGUGAGGGGUGCAAGGACUGGUAUCAUCCUGCUUGUGUGGGCAUGACUAUUGAAGAAGCAAAAAAGCUUGAGCACUUUGUUUGUUCUGAAUGUUCAUCUGAUGAUGAGGUCAAAAGAUCCCAGAAUGGAUUUGCUUCAUCACCAACUGCUGAUGUCAAGGUGGAGCCCAAGCGGCGGAAGAGAUGAGUAUAUUUUGGGGGCAUUGGUGUGCAUGAAGGAAGGUUGCUUGUCUUGCCGUUGUUAACUUAUAGAAUGUUGUCAUGUGAGCUGUAUAGUCCAGAAAGCUAUGUUGUGCUCUGGUCGGACUGGAGCCUGUUAGUAAUGUGUUUAUUUUGAGACAGUGUGUACUUAUUCUAGGUUUAGGAGACGUCUCUUUUAAAAGCUGUCCAGGAAAUCUCAAAUGUAGUUUUCUCACAAUUAAACAUUUAAACCCAGGAAUUUGAGUAACAGUAUUUCUUUGUGAACCGCCUGGUAGCGCAUCCAAGAUAUCUGGUUUGUUGA